AUGCGGCCCCUCUUGCAGGUCCUGGUGGGGCUGCUGCUGGCGGCUGCUGCCCAGGGCAGGGCGAUGGAGCCAGAGGUGUUUGAGAGCCCACUGCUGGAGUCAGAAGAGGAACAUCUCCUGCUGGACCCGGGCAACGCAUUGAAGCUGUACUGUGACGCCAACCAGAGCGGUGCCAGUGUGGUCUGGUACAAGGAGUCCCGGCCGCUCGUCCCGGGGGGUCGCAUCCAUCUCCGGCAGAGCCUGCUGGAGAUUUCAGAGGUCGCCUACGAGGACUCAGGGCUCUAUGUGUGCCGGGCGCGGGGGACUGGGGACAUCCUGCGCAACUUCACCAUCUCCGUUGUAGACUCACUGGCGUCUGGUGACGAUGAUGAAGACAGUGAUGGGGACGGUCCCCACAGAGACCGAAAUGAGGAGGCCGUUUAUGUGCACAGAGCUCCUUACUGGACUCACCCACACCGGAUGGACAAGAAGCUGUAUGCAGUCCCCGCGGGGAACACGGUGAAGUUUCGUUGCCCAGCCUCAGGUAGCCCCAGCCCCAGCAUCCGCUGGUUCAAGAAUGGGCGUGAGUUCCGGGGGGAGCACCGCAUUGGGGGCAUCCGGCUCCGGCACCAGCACUGGAGCCUGGUGAUGGAGAGCGUGGUGCCCUCCGACCGUGGCAACUACACCUGCCUGGUGGAGAACAGGUUUGGCAGCAUCCACUACAGCUACCUCCUGGACGUGCUGGAGAGGUCCCCGCACAGGCCCAUCUUGCAGGCUGGGCUGCCCGCCAACACCACAGCCCUGGUGGGCAGCGACGUGGAGUUCUUCUGCAAGGUCUACAGCGAUGCCCAGCCCCACAUCCAGUGGCUGAAGCACAUUGAGGUGAACGGCAGCAGCUAUGGUCCCGAUGGGGUCCCCUACGUGCAAGUGCUCAAGACUGCAGAUAUAAACAGCUCCGAGGUGGAGGUGCUGUACCUGCGCAAUGUCUCCGUGGAGGAUGCUGGCGAGUACACCUGCCUGGCAGGGAACUCCAUCGGCCUCUCCUACCAGUCUGCUUGGCUCACCGUGCUGCCGGAAGAGGAGCUGGUGCGGGAAGCUGAGGCCCCUGAGGCCAAGUACACGGACAUCAUCAUCUACACCUCGGGCUCUCUGGCUGUGGCCAUGGCCGCCAUCAUCGUGGUGCUGUGCCGGAUGCAGACUCAGUCAAGCAAGCAGCCCCUGGAGCCCAUGGCAGUCCACAAGCUCUCCAAAUUCCCGCUCAUCCGACAGUUCUCCCUGGACUCCAGCUCCUCUGGGAAGUCCAGCACGUCCCUGAUGCGCGUCACUCGUCUCUCCUCCAGCUGCGCCCCGAUGCUGGCUGGGGUCAUGGAGCUGGACCUGCCCCUCGAUGCCAAGUGGGAGUUCCCCCGAGACAAGCUGGUACUGGGCAAGCCCCUGGGGGAAGGCUGCUUUGGCCAGGUGGUGCGGGCAGAGGCUUACGGCAUUGACAGAGACCGGCCAGACAGAGCUGUCACCGUGGCUGUGAAAAUGCUGAAAGACAACGCCACGGACAAGGACCUGGCUGACCUCAUAUCCGAGAUGGAGAUGAUGAAGCUCAUGGACAAGCACAAGAACAUCAUUAACCUCCUGGGAGUCUGCACGCAGGAUGGACCGCUGUACGUGAUUGUGGAGUUUGCUGCGAAGGGCAACCUGCGCGAGUACCUCCGUGCCCGCCGCCCCCCGACACCCGACUACGCUUUUGACGUCACGGCAAUGCCCGAGGAGCAGCUCUCUUUCAAGGACCUGGUCUCCUGUGUCUACCAGGUGGCCCGCGGCAUGGAGUACCUGGAGUCCAAACGGUGCAUCCACCGUGACCUGGCUGCCCGCAACGUGCUGGUCACAGCAGAGAGCGUGAUGAAGAUUGCCGACUUUGGCUUGGCCAGGGAUGUCCAUGACAUUGACUACUACAAGAAAACCAGCAAUGGUCGCUUGCCAGUGAAGUGGAUGGCACCUGAGGCCCUGUUCGACCGCGUCUACACCCACCAGAGUGAUGUGUGGUCCUUCGGGAUCCUCAUGUGGGAGAUCUUCACGCUGGGGGGCUCCCCCUACCCCGGCAUCCCCGUUGAGGAGCUCUUCAAGCUGCUGAAGGAGGGGCAUCGCAUGGACCGGCCGUCCAACUGCACCCAUGAGCUGUAUAUGCUGAUGCGGGAGUGCUGGCACGCCGUGCCCUCGCAGCGCCCCACCUUCAAGCAGCUCGUGGAGGGGCUGGACAAGAUCCUGGCGGCGGUUUCGGAAGAGUACCUGGACCUCUCCAUGCCCUUCGAGCAGUACUCGCCCUCCUGCGAGGACACCGCCAGCUCCUGCUCCUCCGACGACUCCGUCUUCACCCACGACCCGCUGCCGCUGGCUCCCCGCCUCUUCUCCUACCCCAGCGUGAGGACUUAA